AUGAGUGGCAGAGAUUUACAUACAGUUCAACAAGCUCGUAAAAUUGUUGAACAACUGCGCCGUGAACGGAAUAUUCGCCGUGGUUUAGUAUCGCAGUCCGCUAAUGACUUACUGAGUUAUACUCGAGAGUAUGAAAGAGAUGAUGUAUUGGUCAACGGAUUCGCGAACGACAAGAUGAAUCCGUACCGAGCCAAGAGUUCGUUCCAAUGUAUGCUUUUCUGA